ACCCCUGACGUCAAUCAAUUCAUGGUAACGGAAGUGACGUAAUUCAGCCUUUACACAUGCGCAGACUGAUCGCGUACUCUGCUACCGAUCGUCUUGUUAAAGCGUGGUCUUUAAGUCUGCGUUAAUUCGUUCCUUUUUAAGUUUGUACAUAUUCCAAAAUAUGACAAACUAAACUUUAUUCAUGUCAGGAUUAACUCGACUUGACUCAGUGAACUUUGAAGCUUCUGAGGCUAACUUGGCCUGCUACUUAGCUUAGCUUGCCAGCUGCUAACAAAGAGACCCAGAAGUUAUUCACACAACGCCAAUCGGGCACAAUUGUGAGUGUAGAGUGUGGAAAUUGUGCGAAUAUGUGCAAAAUACAAAUGCUAAGACUGUUGGAUAAUUAGCGACUAACUGGUUGUGGAAUAAGUAUUUGUAGUUUUACAAGGAAAGAUAGCGGAAUACGAGGGGGGCGACUUUCUCCAACCAGAGGUGAACUAACGACACCUGGAUGCUGUUUUCAAGAAGCAUCAAGUUUUGUUACGCAGAACAGCUACAGUUAGCAAGUCAAGUGCAGCGGCAGCGAUCGUUUAGUUUGUCCUCUAGCCUGGACUUUUAACAUGGAGGAUUACAUAUCUAAAAUAAAACAGUUUUCUAAAUUGGAUUUUCAAUCGAAGCAGGAGGUUAUAAUUAAAGGAAGACCGACACCGGAGCUAAAAGGUUUGCUUCAGACUUCGGAACAGGAGACCCGUACUUUUCAAACGGCGUGGUACACACGAAAAGGCUGGCUGUGUGGGUGUCCAGCAAGAAACCGCCUUUUCUGCUUUUCCUGUCUUCUUUUCUCUUCUUGUGACAAUGUCUGGACUCAGAUGGGAUAUUGCGACCUGAAGAAUUUGCAGAGAAGCAUCAUCAAACAUGAGCGGUCGACCACUCACAUUCACAGCCAGAUCGCGCUCAAAACGUUCGGGAUGUCCAGGAUAGACUUGGCUUUGGAUGAACGGCGAAGACUCAACAUAAGCACCCACAAUGCUAAGCUACUACAGCAUCGGUGGAGCGGCCAUUCUCAGCACUGAAAAGAAUCAAAACAUACAGUCGGAACAGGACCGAUCAAGGACGACUUUCUUCCCUGGCAGUGAUCUCCAUCGAGACAGAGAGACUUUUAAAACUGAAGAAAGAUAAGGAAGACUUCUAUAGACAAGUUAUCGAUGCUUUUGUUCAGAAGGAGCGGCGCAUUGACUUCAUUUAUAAGAAAAGACGUGUGUAAGAACAUAUUUUCCUGAGCAGCAGAAUGGAGCAGGAGCAACCACAGUCCCCCCACAUUAAAAAGGAAGAGAAAGAGCCACAUUCCACCCACAUUAAAGUGGAAGACGAGGAGCUCCAGCCCCCUCUUUUUAAAGAGGAAAAGGAAGAAUACAGCAUCAGUCAGAAUGGAGAGGAUCUUGAAGGACUGGAGGAGGUUGAUGUCCCCAAGAUGUCAUUGACUGGUGUCAUUGUGAAGAGUGAAGAUGAUGAGGUCAAAAGUGAAAGUGAGGAGGAGAGAGGGAUGGAGCCUCCAAACAGCAGCUCAACUCAACACAUGACAACAGAAGCUGAUGGAGACCACUGUGGAGGAUCACGAGCAGGCAAACUCUUAGCUCCACUAUCGGAUAGUGAUGACACAACGUCACACUCUCCUGACACUGAUGAUGAAGACUCUGAAGCUGAUAACACAGGUCACACUGACAACACACACUUUGAAUGUUCUCACUGUGGCAAAAUGUUUAAUCAAAGUCGUAAUCUGAAAAGACACAUGAGAAUACACGGUGGUAAAAAACCUUUUUCUUGUUCAAGCUGUGGUAAAUGUUUUACACAAAAUCAUAAUUUGAAAACACACAUGAGAACACACACUGGUGAAAAACCCUUUCCUUGUUCAACUUGUGGUAAAUGUUUUACACAAAAUAAUCAUUUAAAAAUACAUAUGCGAAUACACACUGGCGAAAAACCUUUUAUCUGUUCAAUUUGUGGUAAAGGUUUUACGGAAAAUAGUAAUUUGAAAGCACACAUGACAAAACACACUGGUGAAAAACCAUUUUCUUGUUCAAUCUGUGCUAAAAGUUUUACUCUCAACAUGAAUUUGAAAACACACAUGACAACACACACGGGUGAAAAACCUUUUUCUUGUUCAAUCUGUGCUAAAGAUUUUACACAAAAUAUACAUUUGAAAAGACACAUGACAACACACACUGGUGAAAAACCUUUUUCCUGUUCAAUCUGUGGUAAAGGUUUUACACAAAGUAGUGAUAUGAGAAGACACAUGCCAACACACACUGGUGAAAAACCUUUUUCUUGUUCAUUCUGUGCUAAAAGUUUUACACUCAAUGUAAAUUUGAAAACACACAUGACGACACACACUGGUGAAAAACCUUGUAUCUGUUCAAUCUGCGCUAAAGGUUUUACGAAAAAUAUACUCUUGAAAAGACACAUGGCAACACACUCUGAUGAAAAACCUUUUUCUUGUUCCAUCUGCGGUAAAGGGUUUACACAAAAUAGUGAUUUGAAAAGACACAUGAAAACGCACACGGGUGAAAAACCUUUUGUCUGUUCAAUCUGUGCUAAGUGUUUUACGGAAAAGAGUAAUUUGAAAGCACACAUGAGAACGCACGCUGACAAGAAACCUUUUUCUUGUUCAAUUUGUGCUAAAGGUUUUGUACAAACACAUACGUUGAAAAGACACAUGAGAAGACACACUAGUGAGGAAGUGUGAGUUGUGGUGUGUGUGAUGAAAGACGUGAGAGCAUCAGCAACAAAUGAAGCUGCGGGCUUUUGCAAAAAUGUGUACCGUUUAUAGACCAGAAUGUUUUAUAUUAGUAGUGUAUGUAUGUUUUAGGUAUGUUCAUUAGUAUACAACGUUGUGUACAUUCAUUUAAAAUACACAUUUUCUUUGACUGAACAUGUCUUCACUGACUGAAGCAUCAACUUAUUUCGACUACCCUCCUAUGAACUUUUUUGUUUGUUUUUAAAACAAACAGAACAAGAAAUGUUCCAUAAAAUAAACUGUUUGUGUAUAGUUGGUUGGAACUGCUACAUGUAGAUUUGUAAAAUAACCCCUCCCCCAAUGCCACAAUUUAUUUUGGUAAUGUAACCUUGGUUAUGUGCAGUAAAACCACUCAUGAACUCA